GGGGGCUCAGGUUCAAUCCCUGGUCUGGAAACUGGAUCCCACAUGCUGUAACUUAGAGUUCUCAUGCUGCAGCUAUAAAGAUGCCACACGCCACAGCGAAGAUCAAAGAUCCUGCAUGCUGCAACCAAGAGACCUGGACACCAUACUUGCAGAACUUCUUCAAAUACAUAAAGAACAUAUUGUAGGAUAUCAUGAACAUGAUUCUCUUUUGGACCACAAAGAAGAAGAAGAGUUGACUGAAGAAGAAAGAAAAGCAGCUUGGGCUGAAUAUGAAGCAGAGAAGAAGGGACUGACCAUGCGUUUCAACAUACCGACUGGGACCAAUUUACCCCCUGUCAGUUUUAACUCUCAAACUCCUUAUAUUCCUUUCAAUUUGGGAGCCCUAUCAGCAAUGAGUAAUCAACAGCUGGAGGACCUCAUUAAUCAAGGAAGAGAAAAAGUUGUGGAAGCAACAAACAGUGUGACAGCAGUGAGGAUUCAGCCUCUUGAAGAUAUAAUUUCAGCUGUAUGGAAGGAAAACAUGAAUCUCUCAGAGGCCCAGGUACAGGCAUUAGCAUUAAGUAGACAAGCCAGCCAGGAGCUUGAUGUCAAACGAAGAGAGGCAAUCUACAAUGACGUGUUGACAAAACAACAGAUGUUAAUCAGCUGUGUUCAGCGAAUACUUAUGAACCGAAGGCUCCAGCAACAGUACAAUCAGCAGCAGCAGCAGCAAAUGACUUAUCAACAAGCAACACUGGGUCACCUCAUGAUGCCAAAGCCUCCGAAUUUAAUCAUGAAUCCUUCUAACUACCAGCAGAUUGAUAUGAGAGGAAUGUAUCAGUCAGUGGCUGGUGGUAUGCAGCCACCACCAUUACAACGUGCGCCACCCCCAAUGAGAAGCAAAAAUCCAGGACCUUCCCCAGGGAAAUCAAUGUGAUUUUGCACUAAAAGCUUAAAAGAUUGUUAAAAUCAUAGAAAGAUCUUUUAUUUUUUUAGGAAUCAAUGACUUAACAGAACUCAACUGUAUAAAUAGUUUGGUCCCCUUAAAUGCCAAUCUUCCAUAUUAGUUUAAAAUUUUUUUAAUAGGGCAUACCAUUUCUUCCUGACAUUUGUCAGUGAUGUUGCCUAGAAUCUUCUUACACACAUUGAGUACAGAAGAUCUUUCAAAUUGUUUUCAGUGAAAACAAGUCCUUCCAUAACAGUAACAACUCCACAGGUUUCCUCUCUAAAUUUUUAUGCCUGCUUUUAGUGACCAUAAAAUUGUCAUAAAUUAAUGAAUUUAUGAAAGAAUACUGAUUUAUAUAUUCAUUCUUUACAUAUAAAGACACACAGCUGAGUUCUUAGAGUUGAUUCCUCAAGUUAUGGAAUACUUUUGUACUUAUCCAUUUCUUGACUAAAGUGAUUGAAAUGGUUUUAAUGUUCUUUUGACUGAAGUCUGAAACUGGGCUCCUGCUAUAUCAUCUCUGUGACUGAAAGUUAGAAACUAAGGGUUGGUUAUCUUUGACACAGAAUUGUGUGCAAUAUUGUUAAAUACUACUGCUCUAAAACUUGGAGGAGUCUUACAGUUAUCUUAGCAUUGUAUAAACAGCCUUAAGUACAGCCUAAGAAGAGAAUUCUUUUUCUUCUUUAGUCUUUUCUGCCAUUUUUAUUUUCAGUUAUAUGUGCUGAAGUAAUUACUGGUAAAAUUUCAGGGUCGUGGAUUAUCUUCCACACUUGAAUUUUCUCUCUCCUGGCACUAAUAUAAGGCACAUCUCUUAACUGCUUGGUGCCAGUGCUAGUGCUUCAUCCUGUUGCUGGCAGUGGGAUGUGGACUAACAAAAUCAAGUUCUAGCAUUUUAGGAGGUUAAGGAUGACGUUGUGGUUGUUAGCUUCACACCCUGUUUUAUAAACAACAUCAAAAUGGCAGAACCAUUGCUGACUUUAAGUUCACAUGGGGAAUGUGCUUUAAAACAAUUCCCAGUACUGUCAGUAUUGUGAAGUAAUUCCUCCUAAAGAUAAGGAUCACUGGCUUCUAUGCUCUUCCUCUUCUUUUCUCUCAUCAGUAUGUUGUUUUUCCCCAACUGUAUUUUCUUACAUAAAUUCUGUUUUCAAGCUCAGUUUUUUUUUUUUAGUUUAGAUCUGUGAGGCAAUUUUCUAAUCAAAAUUCAUCUAAUGCCCUUUUAUGAGGUUUUACAUUGUUGUUUUUCUUAAUCCAGGCUUGUAAAAAUGACCUAUAUGCUUAUUCAUGUACAAUUUGGUUGCUUGAGUUUCUUAAAGAAAAAGAUUGUUAGACUGUGAGAGUCAACUCAACAUGGCGAAACCAUUUUUGAGAUGGCGAUGUAACAUGUAGUGGAAAUAGCUAACAAAUUCCCAAAAAAAAAGCUGGGUGGAGGAUUUGCUCUAGGUAUCACUGAGUUAGAAUGAGUUUAACAUUAGCUAAAACUGUUUUGAGUUGUUUGGACAAUUAAGAGAUGUCCACUUUUAUCUUGAAAGAACUAGUGGUAGAACAUUCAAGAGUACUAAGUACUAAGAGUACUAAGAAUUUUGAGGUUUGGUGGAUCCACCCUCCACGUUCCCAUAUUUGGAUAUUAUGCCAGCCAUAUAAUCAAAUUUAUUUCACUAGGGGGAUGUGUUUUUACUUUAGAAGAAAUGAAAAAGACAAGAUUUGUGAAAUAAAUAUUUGAAGACAGUAUACUCUGGCCAGCUGUUAUCAGUUGGUAUUUCUACAAGUCCAGAAUACUUUAAGCCUGAUUUACUCAACCUGGGAACUUUCACCAUGGUCUGAUUACUUGCUCAAAGACAUAGAUGUCAAAAUUUUAGGCAACCUUCUAAACCUUUUUCAUCAUGAAUGAAACUAUGACUUAAAGAAUAAUAGAUAGAAAGGUUAAUUGGAAAUAGUUUGGGAUAAAACUUGGAUCAGUUUGCAUACAAUCUUCACUUGACAUUUUAGCUACAUAAUAUGUACUUUGAGUAUAACAUCAAGCUUUAACAAAUAUUUAAAGAUAAAGUCAUGUCAAUAAGAUACUAAAAGGCUCAUUUUUAUAUUUGUUUUAGAUGUUUUAAAUAGUUGCAAUGGCUUAAAAAAUGAUUUAAAAUGUUGCUUGUAAUACAGUUUUGCCUGCUAAAUUCUCCACAUUUUGUAACCUGUUUUAUUUCUUCGGGUGUAAAGCGUUUUUGCUUAGUAUUGUGAUAUUGUAUAUGUUUUGUCCCAGUUGUAUAGUAAUGUUUCAGUCCAUCAUCCAGCUUUGGCUGCUGAAAUCAUACAGCUGUGAAGACUUGCCUUUGUUUCUGUUAGACUGCUUUUCAGUUCCGUAUUGAGUAUCUUAAGUACUGUAGAAAAGAUGUCACUUCUUCCUUUAAGGCUGUUUUGUAAUAUACAUAAGGACUGGAAUUGUGUUUUUAAAGAAAAGCAUUCAAGUAUGACAAUAAUACUAUCUGUGUUUUCACCAUUCAAAGUGCUGUUUAGUAGUUGAAACUUAAACUAUUUAAUGUCAUUUAAUAAAGUGACCAAAAUGUGUUGUGCUCUUUAUUGCA